CGCGCGGAGCAUCCUGGGUACUGUCAUGGCGGCUCAGAUCGGCGCUGUUUGUUAAACGUUGUUGUAGAAUUCAAAAAAAGUAUCCGUCCACCACAUACACACACAUCGGGUCUCCGGAUCGUUUCCGAAGCUAGACGGUUGUGUGAAUCCUGCCGACAUGGCGUCCACGGCGGCCGGGAAGCAGAGGAUCCCCAAAGUGGCGAAGGUGAAGAACAAAGCGCCGGCGGAAGUGCAGAUCACCGCCGAGCAGCUGCUCCGCGAGGCCAAGGAGCGCGAGCUCGAGCUGCUGCCACCGCCACCCAAGCAGAAGAUCACAGAUGAAGAGGAGCUCAACGACUACAAGCUGAAGAAGAGGAAGGGGUUUGAGGACAACAUCCGCAAGAACCGAACGGUGAUCAGCAACUGGAUCAAGUACGCCCAAUGGGAGGAGAGCCUGAAGGAGGUCCAAAGGGCGCGCUCCAUCUACGAGCGUGCGCUGGACGUGGACCACCGCAACAUCGCCCUCUGGCUGAAGUACGCCGAGAUGGAGAUGAAGAACCGGCAGGUGAACCACGCCCGCAACAUCUGGGACCGCGCCAUCACCAUCCUGCCCCGCGUCAACCAGUUCUGGUAUAAGUACUCGUACAUGGAGGAGAUGCUGGGCAACGUGGCGGGCUGCCGGCAGGUGUUUGAGCGCUGGACGGAGUGGGAGCCAGAGGAGCAGGCCUGGCACUCCUACAUCAACUUCGAGCUGCGCUACAAGGAGGUGGACAAGGCCCGCAGCAUCUACGAGCGCUUCGUCCUGGUUCACCCCGACGUGAAGAACUGGAUCAAGUACGCCCGCUUCGAGGACAAGCACGGCUACAUCGCCCACGGCCGGCGAGUGUUCGAGCGCGCCGUGGAGUUCUUCGGCGAGGAGCACGUGGACGAGAGGCUGUUCGUGGCCUUCGCCCGCUUCGAGGAGAUGCAGAAGGAGAUGGAGCGCGUCCGGGUCAUCUACAAGUACGCCCUGGAGCGGAUCCCCAAGACGCAGGCCCAGGAGCUCUUCAAGAACUACACCAUGUUCGAGAAGAAGUUCGGAGACCGCCGCGGCAUCGAGGACGUCAUCGUCAACAAGAGGAGGUUCCAGUACGAGGAGGAGGUCAAGGCUAACCCUCACAACUACGACGCCUGGUUCGACUACCUGCGCCUGGUGGAGAGUGAUGCCGAGGCGGACGCGGUGAGGGACGUGUACGAGCGUGCCAUCGCCAACAUGCCCCCCAUCCAGGAGAAGAGGCACUGGCGCCGCUACAUCUACCUGUGGAUCAACUACGCCCUCUACGAGGAGCUGGAGGUCAAGGACCCGGAGAGGACGCGACAGGUGUACCAGGCCUGUCUGGACCUCAUCCCUCACAAGAAGUUCACCUUCGCCAAGAUGUGGCUCCUCUACAGCCAGUUCGAGAUCCGCCAGAAGAACCUUCCCGCCGCCCGCAGGGGCCUGGGCUCGGCCAUCGGGAAGUGCCCCAAGAACAAGCUGUUCAAGGGCUACAUCGAGCUGGAGCUGCAGCUGCGCGAGUUCGACCGCUGCCGGAAGCUGUACCAGAAGUACCUGGAGUUCAGCCCCGAGAACUGCUCCACCUGGAUCAAGUUCGCCGAGCUGGAGACCAUCCUGGGCGACGUGGAGCGAGCCCGCGCCAUCUUCGAGCUCGCCAUCGGACAGCCCCGCCUGGACAUGCCCGAGGUGCUGUGGAAGUCCUACAUCGACUUUGAGAUCGAGCAGGAGGAGUUCGACCACACCAGGGACCUGUACCAGAGACUGCUGCAGCGCACCCAGCACGUUAAGGUCUGGAUCAGCUUCGCUAAGUUCGAGCUGUCGGUGGAGGCGCCGCAGCGGCUGCAGCGCAGCCGGCAGAUCUACGAGGAGGCCAACAAGAGCAUGAGGAGCUGUGAGGAGAAGGAGGAGCGGCUGAUGCUCAUGGAGGCGUGGCGCGACCUGGAGGCCGCCUUCGGCUCGGACGAGGACCUGGAGCGGGUCUCCAAGCUGCUCCCCGAGAAGGUCAAGAAGAGGAGGAAGCUGACCGCCGAGGACGGGUCGGACGCGGGCUGGGAGGAGUACUACGACUACAUCUUCCCCGAGGACGCGGCUAACCAGCCCAACCUCAAGCUGCUGGCCAUGGCCAAGAUGUGGAAGAGGCAGCAGCAGGCGGAGGACGAGGACGAGGAGGAGGCGGAGGACAAGGACGAGGAGGACGAGGAGAAGGAGGACGAGGAGAAGGAGGACGAGGAGAAGGAGGACGAGGAGAAGGAGGACAAGGAGAAGGACGAGGAGGCGGUGGACAUGGAGGACAAGGAGAAGGACGACGAGGAGGAGGCCCCAGCAGAAGGAAAACCUCAGGAGGAGGGGGAGGAAGGAGAGGCAUCGUCAGAGAAGCCCGCCGGCAAAUCAACGGCUGAAGACCCAGAAGACCCCAGGGGGGAGGAGAAGGAGAAGUCGAGGGGAGAGGAGAGGCACAAUGGGGAGGAGGAGAGGCAGCCUAGGGAGGAGGAGAAGGAGAAGGAGAGGAAGCCUAGGGAGGAGGAGAUGGAGAUGGAGAUGGAGAAGGAGAGGAAGCCUAGGGAGGAGGAGAGGAAGCCUAGGGAGGAGGAGAGGGAGAGGAAGCCUAGGGAGGAGGAGAGGAAGCCUAGGGAGGAGGAGAGGGAGAGGCCCAGGAGGGAGGAGAGGAGCAGGGGUGAGGAGAGGGAGAGAUCUAGGGGUGAGGAGAGGGAGAGAUCUAGGGGUGAGGAGAGGGAGAGAUCUAGGGGUGAGGAGAGGGAGAGAUCUCGGGGUGAGGAGAGGGAGAGGCAGCCUAGGGAGGGGGAGAGGCCUAGGAGGGGUGAGGAGAGGGAGAGGGAGAGGAGCCGGGGUGAGGAGAGGAAGAGACCUAGGGGUGAGGAGAAGCAGUCUAGGGGUGAGGAGAAGCAGCCUAGGGGUGAGGAGAAGCAGUCUAGGGGUGAGGAGAAGCAGCCUAGGGGUGAGGAGAAGCAGUCUAGGGGUGAGGAGAAGCAGCCUAGGGGUGAGGAGAAGCAGUCUAGGGGUGAGGAGAAGCAGCCUAGGGGGGAGGAGAAGCAGCCUAGGGGUGAGGAGAAGCAGCCUAGGGGUGAGGAGAAGCAGCCUAGGGGGGAGGAGAAGCAGCCUAGGGGGGAGAAGCCUGCCCCUGAUGGCAGUAGCAGUAGCAGCAGCAGCGGCAGCAGCAGCAGCAGCGAUAGUGAUGAGGAGGGUUCUGGCCAGAAGAAGGAGUAGCUUACACCGUCUCGGGGAGUCUCACCAUGUGGGGUGGGGUAUGUGAGGGAGGGGUCUUCACAAUGUGG